GGUUGGUUACAUACUGGUGAUAUUGGAAUGUGGUUACCAAAUGGUUCAUUACGUAUCAUUGAUCGGAAAAAUAAUUUAUUUAAAUUAGCACAAGCUGAUUUUGUAUCACCUGAACAAAUUGAAAAUAUCUAUUUGCAACAUCCUUUAGUAAAACAG